CGCUGCAAGGCUUGGCCACGGAUCUGCGCGCGGCGCUCGGUUCCCGUCAGACUGAUCAGAUACUCAGUGCGCGGCUCAACCCCGACGGCUGACUGAACGCAGGAGAGCCGGAGAAGCGCUCCGCUCGUCGGGUUUCUUCGAUUCCAAGGCUGGUCUCCACGGGAAUAUACAGCCUCUGGACCGACUGUGUGUUGGUUCACGUCCCCUUGGGGGGUCGAGGAAGGAAAGGAAAAAAAAAAACAGAGGGAGGAAUAGGGAAAGAGAGCUAGAAAGAGAGAGAGAGAGAGAGAGAGAGAGAGAGAGAGAGAGAGAGAGAGAGAGAGAGAGAGAAGAAACGCUGGACUUGCUGUAGCUCUACGGGGCAGGCCGCCUCUCUCUGGUUUGAGGAGCCUCGGGGGCGAUGCUGCUAGGCGGGGAUGGUGCACGGUUUCUGCCCGGUGGCGGAGAAGAUGCGAGCCGCUGCUACUACAACACACCCGCACCGCCGCCGUCGUAUUUUUCGAACAAGAAUUGAUGAUGGUGAUGAUGCUGCCUCCCCCAGUGGUCUUUUUCUGCUCCUCCGGAUCCUACUCGUCCGGGAUUCUUAUUCUUUCAACCUUGGAUUAUAGAUGAUUGUUGUGGACACUAAUUUUCUUUUAGUUUCAUCAACUCAUUUUUUUUUUUUUUCGCGGGGAAGUGGGCAAGAUAUAAAUUGGUAGAUUGAGCACCGGUGUAUUUUCGUCUCCAAGUGCGCGCAAUCACGCCCAAAAUCAGUGACCGACGCCUUGGUGAGGAGGAGGGGGGAGGAGGAGGAGGAGGGGGAUGCUGCACCGUCCAUCACCAAAUAUCAACAAAUGUCACCAGGCUCGGAUUUUGGGGAAGCCCCCCUCGGUUGGCGUUUGCGUGUAACCCGAGUGGCGUGGUGGCAGUGAGAGGUGGCAGCAGGGAUAUCUGCCGUGCCAUAUCAAACAUUGCGGAUAUAUGGCACAAGAAUAAAUGAAUUAUUAAAGAUUUUACUCUUAUCUAUUUCUAUUUUUAUCUCGCAAGAAAAAAAAGGGACCUGGGGAGGAGAAAGAAAAAAAAAAAGACAACUGCAGAUCCUGUCAAGAUGCACUAGGCUGUUAAGUGGGGAAAAAAGACGCAGUCUCCAGCUUGGGUAGCCUACUUAAGUGGAGAUGAUUGCAAUAUGUAUUUAAACGCACAGUUAUGCAUCCUUAUCGCAUGUAUUAAAGGUGAUCGAUGUGUUUGCCUAUCGAAAUGCAAGAACCGGCUCACUCUUGGAGAGGUUUUUCCCGACCAAAAAAAUAAAAAAAAAACAGGAUGCCUUGCUUUUCGACGGAGAGAAAACGCUGAUGCUCUGACAAGAUAGAACAUUUGGACAGUUUUCUCACGCGCCAAUAAAACCAAUCGUGUUUUCUUUUCUUUUUUCUGUCAGAGGGCUGAUUUGCCAUUCAUAUUUUAAACACACGAUCAGAGACACCGUGCGCUUUCCCUCUCCCCCUCCCCUCUCCCUCCCCUCUUCUCUCCUCCUCCUCCUCUCCCCCCCCCCCUCUCCACACACAAAUGGAGGUAUCUUCUCGGCGCUGAAGAUCUGGGAAGGAGACACAGAUAGAUAGGAGGAGAGAGAGAGAGACAGAGAGACAGAGAGACAGAGCGAUAAGCCAGAGAAGGAACCGAACCCAACUCCAUUCUGCAUGUGUUUGGAGCCGAGGCUGAUGGGGUGGUGGCAUGUGGAGGUGUCACUCUGAGGUUUCCCCCCGGCUCCUUCCUAACCUCUGGCGUUUGGUGUCUGCAGAAUGGCGCGUUUUGGAGACGAGCUACCCAACAGGUAUGGAGGAGGAGGAGGAGGAGGAGGAGGAGGUGGUGGUGGCGGUGGUGGCGGGGGUGCCGGCGGACAAGGGGGGCCCGGCCGCGGCGGCAGCAGGCAAGGGGGGCCCCCCGGAGGGCAGCGGAUGUACAAGCAGUCGAUGGCCCAGAGAGCCCGGACCAUGGCCCUGUACAACCCCAUACCCGUCCGGCAGAGCUGCCUAACGGUCAACCGCUCCCUCUUCCUCUUCAGCGAAGACAACCUGGUGAGGAAGUACGCCAAAAAGAUCACCGAAUGGCCUCCGUUUGAAUGGAUGAUCCUUACCACCAUCAUUGCAAACUGCAUCGUCCUGGCUCUGGAACAGCACCUUCCUGAUGGAGACAAGACGCCUCUGUCUGAACGACUGGAGGAGACGGAGCCCUACUUCAUAGCCAUCUUCUGUUUUGAAUCGGGGAUAAAGAUCCUGGCUCUGGGUUUUGCGUUACAUAAGGGCUCCUAUCUGAGGAACGGCUGGAACGUCAUGGACUUCGUGGUCGUGCUCACCGGUAUUUUGUCGUCAGUGGGGUCUCAGCUUGACCUGAGGACACUACGAGCCGUCAGAGUGCUACGACCACUGAAACUGGUGUCUGGGAUUCCCAGCCUGCAGGUGGUGCUCAAGUCCAUUAUGAAGGCUAUGAUCCCCCUGCUGCAGAUUGGCUUGCUGUUGUUCGUGGCCAUCCUUAUGUUCGCCAUCAUCGGCCUAGAGUUCUACAUGGGAAAGUUCCACAGUACCUGCUACGACAAAGUCACACGAGAGGUAGUGGACGCAUUACCAUGUGGCAUAGAUUUGCCGUCCCGGUUGUGUCCUAACGGCACGGUGUGCGAUAAUCACUGGAUUGGACCCAACUACGGCAUCACCCAGUUCGACAACAUCCUGUUCGCCGUGCUCACUGUCUUCCAGUGCAUCACCAUGGAGGGAUGGACAGACAUGCUCUACUACAGUAAUGACGUGGAGGGCAGUGCCUGGAACUGGAUGUACUACAUCCCCCUCAUCAUCAUCGGCUCCUUCUUCAUGCUUAACCUGGUGCUGGGUGUACUCUCAGGUGAAUUUGCCAAAGAGAGAGAGCGAGUGGAGAACAGGAGCGAGUUCCUCAAGCUGAGGCGACAGCAGCAGAUCGAGAGGGAGCUCAACGGAUACCUGGAGUGGAUCUGCAAAGCGGAAGAAGUGAUUUUGGCGGAAGAGGACGGCACAGUCAACUUUGAUGGUACGAGGCGAAGGCCAACCAUCAAAACCAAAAACAACAAGACAGAGCUGCUGAACCCUGAGGAAGGAGAAGACAACAUGGGAGAUGCAGUAGGUUUUGCCCGCUCCAGUUUAAAGAAUGGGAUGGACGGCUCCAAUUACAGCAAGAGGGAGCGGCGACUGCGAUUCUUCAUCCGCAAGAUAGUGAAGACUCAGGCUUUCUAUUGGACUGUGCUCUGCCUGGUGGGCCUCAACACCAUGUGUGUGGCUGUGGUGCAUUACAACCAGCCUGAGAUGCUCUCCGACUUCCUCUUCUAUGCAGAGUUUAUCUUUCUCGGCCUGUUCAUGUCUGAGAUGCUGAUCAAGAUGUAUGGUCUGGGCAUCCAGCCCUACUUGCACUCCUCAUUCAACUGCUUUGACUGUGCGGUCAUUGUGGGCAGUAUCUUCGAGGUGGUGUGGGCCACCAUCAAACCAGGAACAUCCUUCGGGAUCAGUGUGUUACGAGCUCUGCGACUGCUCCGCAUCUUCAAAGUCACCAAGUACUGGGCUCCUCUUCGAAACCUGGUGGUGUCUCUGCUAAACUCCAUGAAGUCCAUCGUCAGUUUGCUGUUCCUCCUCUUCCUCUUCAUUGUGGUCUUUGCCUUGUUGGGGAUGCAGCUGUUUGGAGGACAAUUCAACUUUGACGACGGAACCCCACCUACCAACUUUGACACUUUUGCAGCAGCGAUCAUGACAGUGUUUCAGAUCCUGACAGGAGAAGACUGGAACAUGGUGAUGUACGAUGGCAUUGAGUCCCAGGGAGGAGUGAACGACAAAGGGAUGGUGUUCUCCAUCUUCUUCAUCGUCCUCACACUUUUUGGCAACUACACUCUGCUUAACGUCUUCUUGGCCAUCGCUGUCGACAAUCUGGCCAACGCCCAGGAGCUCACCAAGGAUGAGGAGGAACAGGAGGAAGCAGCCAAUCAGAAGACUGCAAUGCAGAAGGCUAAGGAAGUAGCAGAGGUCAGCCCGCUGUCAGCAGCCAACCUGACUAUUGCUGCUAAGGAGCAGCAGAAGAACCACAUCAAGGGCAACAUGUCAGUGUGGGAGCAGAGAACGAGCGAGAUCCGCCGUCAGAACCUGAUGACGAGUCGCGAGGCGCUCUACAACGAGCUGGAGCAGGAGGAGUGGAAGGUGGGAGGGGAGGGAGAGGAGGUGUCCUACCCACGGAAACCACGUGGCGACAUGAAGACCCACCUGGACCGGCCGCUGGUGGUCAACCCUCAGGACAACCGCAACAACAACACCAACAAGACCCAACCUGGUGAGCUGCCUCUGGACCAGGAGUACCGGCGCCAGGACAUCGAUCACUACCGCCGGGCCACACACUACUAUCACUACCACCCCCAUCAUCAGAAAGCCACUGGGCCGGACAAUAGAGGGACGGGCCAGCCGACGGAUACCCGCAUGGAGCGCGGCUUCAGCUGCACGUCUCUGGGCAACGCGGAGGGCCAGCUCGGGGAGGGGAGGCACAGCCACAGGAGCCACCGACACAGGAACAGGGAAGGCAGGGAGGCUCACAGCGUGUCUCCCCACCAUAGCGAGGGGGUAGAUGGGAACAACGAACACAGGAGGUCCCGGCAGCACCGCAAGGCAGCCAGGGAGGGGGAGGAAGGCAGGAGACAUAGAUCCAGAGGGAUGGAGGGAGAAGGGGAGAAAGGCGAAGAAGGGGAGGGACGGAAGUCGAGACGGCAUCGCCAUGGCAACCAGGAGAGGAGCCGAGGGCAUCGCACCAGAAAGGAGCACCACAGCACCGGUCCCAGCCUCUCCACCACACGGCCCAUACAGCAGUACAACGAGGAUCUAGACAACUUCCGCAACAACAGCAAGCUGGCCGGUGCCCAUGAGCACCCUUACGCCCUCCCACCGGAUCAUCCGGACCAUCCUGACCACGUCAACAACCUGCUGAACUGCCGUGACGCAGACACCCACACCCUCCUCCACAGCAUGGACAGCCUGAUCCUGACCAGCAUGGCCAAACCUGAGUACACAAAAAUAGACAUGCCACCUGUCUAUCCCUACCCCUCCACCAACGCCAUCCUGCAAGUGAACAAGAACGCCAACACCGACCAGAAGAAGAGCGAGGAGAAGAAGGAGGAGGAGGACGAGGGAGGAGAUGAAGACGGCCCCAAACCUAUGCCUCCCUUCAGCUCCUGCUUCAUAAUGUCCACCACCAACCCGUUUCGGAAGUGCUGUCACUACAUCCUGACUCUGAAGUAUUUUGAGUUCAGCAUCCUGUCUGUCAUCGCUAUGAGCAGCAUUGCCCUCGCUGCAGAGGACCCUGUCUGGCCUGAGUCCCCACGAAACAAUGUGCUGCGUUAUUUUGACUACGUUUUCACAGGCGUCUUCACAUUUGAAAUGUUGAUCAAGAUGGUGGUGCUUGGCUUGUUUCUCCACAAGGGCUCCUACUUUCGCGACUUGUGGAACAUUCUGGACUUUAUAGUGGUUAGUGGUGCUCUGGUGGCCUUCGCCUUCACGCCGACUAGCACCCGGGGAAGCAGCAAGGGCAAAGACAUCAGUACGAUCAAGUCCCUUCGCGUGCUGAGGGUGCUGCGUCCUCUGAAGACCAUCAAACGACUCCCCAAGUUAAAGGCUGUGUUUGACUGUGUGGUCAACUCUCUGAAGAACGUGCUGAACAUCUUGAUCGUCUACAUGCUCUUCAUGUUCAUCUUCGCUGUGGUGGCCGUGCAGCUCUUCAAAGGCCGAUUCUUCUUCUGCACGGACGAAUCCAAAGAGUUUGAGCGUGACUGCAGGGGCGAGUACUUGAUGUAUGAUAGAGAUGAGGUUAAAGCUCAGAAGCGGGAGUGGAAGAAGUACGAUUUCCACUACGACAACGUGGCUUGGGCCCUGCUCACCCUCUUCACUGUCUCCACUGGAGAGGGGUGGCCGCAGGUGUUAAAGCACUCGGUGGACUCCACCUUUGAGAAUCAGGGCCCUAGCCCGGGUUAUAGGAUGGAGAUGUCCAUCUUUUACGUGGUGUACUUCGUUGUCUUCCCCUUCUUCUUCGUAAACAUCUUCGUGGCUCUCAUCAUCAUCACCUUCCAGGAACAGGGGGAUAAGAUGAUGGAGGACUACAGUUUAGAAAAGAAUGAGAGAGCCUGUAUAGAUUUCGCCAUCAACGCCAGACCUUUGACUCGCCACAUGCCCAAGAAUAAACUGAGCUUCCAGUAUCGCAUGUGGCAGUUUGUGGUGUCUCCGCCCUUCGAGUACAGCAUCAUGGCUCUGAUCGCGCUCAACACCAUUGUCCUCAUGAUGAAGUUUCAUGGUGCAUCAGAAGCGUACAAUGUGGUCCUGAAGAACCUCAACAUUGUGUUUACCACCUUCUUCUUCAUGGAAUCAGUCCUUAAGGUCAUCGCUUUCGGCCCUCUGAAUUUCUUCAGAGAUGCCUGGAACAUUUUUGAUUUUGUCUCCGUCCUUGGAAGCAUCACUGACAUAUUAGUGACAGAACUAGGGAAUCUGAAUAACUUCAUCAACCUGAGCUUCCUGAGGCUGUUCAGAGCAGCUCGCCUCAUCAAGCUGUUGAGACAGGGAGAGACCAUCCGCAUCCUGCUGUGGACCUUCGUCCAGUCCUUUAAGGCUCUGCCAUACGUGUGCCUGCUCAUUGCCAUGCUCUUCUUCAUCUAUGCCAUCAUUGGCAUGCAGUUGUUUGGGAAUUUGGCGCUAGAUGACGAGGGAGAGAGUGCCAUCAACGAACACAAUAACUUCAGGACCUUCAUCAUGGCUCUAAUGCUGCUGUUCAGGAGCGCUACGGGCGAGGCCUGGCAUGACAUCAUGUUGGCUUGCCUGGGUGGGAAGGAAUGCGACCCGGCCUCAGGGAAUACAGAACCUGAAUGUGGCAGCACCUUUGCCUACACCUACUUUGUCUCCUUCAUCUUCCUCUGCUCUUUCCUGAUGCUGAAUCUGUUCGUGGCUGUCAUCAUGGACAACUUUGAGUACCUGACCAGAGACUCCUCUAUCCUGGGGCCGCAUCACCUGGACGAGUAUGUAAGGAUAUGGGCCGAGUACGACCCUGCCGCCUGCGGGCGCAUACAUUAUAAGGAUAUGUACAGUUUAUUGCGAGUUAUCUCCCCUCCUCUGGGCCUUGGCAAGAAAUGCCCACAUAGGGUGGCCUGCAAGAGGCUGCUGCGCAUGGACCUGCCGGUUGCUGAUGACAACACGGUGCAUUUUAACUCCACCCUCAUGGCUCUGAUCAGGACAGCACUGGAUAUAAAGAUUGCCAAGGGAGGUGCAGACAAGCACCAGAUGGAUGCAGAGCUGAGAAAGGAGAUGAUGGCUAUUUGGCCGAACUUGUCGCAGAAGACACUGGACCUGCUGGUUACACCGCACAAGGCAGCCACAGACUUGACGGUGGGCAAAAUCUACGCUGCCAUGAUGAUCAUGGAAUACUACCGGCAGAGCAAGACGAAAAAGCUGCAGGCCCUGCGAGAGGAACAGAACCGAACACCAUUAAUGUUUCAGCGCAUGGAGCCGCCCUCUGAGGGAGGGGGCACGGACGGCCAGGGGGGUCAAGGCCUCAACAGUCUCCCCAGCACCCAGCCAGAUAACCCAAACAGCAUACCUCCCGAGGGUGGCAUGACUGAGAGCCAAUCGUGGGUGACAGCCAAAGCCCAGGAAAUGUUCCAAAAGACGGGUAACUGGAGCCCCGACAGACCCUACCCCGACAAUCCUCACGACAACCGUCACAACCCCCAGACGGUAGAGAUGAGGGAGAUGGGGCGGGACGGGUACUCCGACACUGAGCCCUAUCACCCAAUGGAUGGGCAUGGGCGGACCCUCUCCAUGCCCCGCCUCUCGGCAGACAACCAAAGAGCUCAUGCUGUUUCGCGGAGGAGACACAGGCCUCGCGGAAAUAACCUCAGUACCAUCACCGACACCAGUCCGAUGCGCCGCUCCACCUCCAGCCUGGUCCACGGGCGUACAGGCCGAGGCGUGAGGCUGGACGACUACUCCCUGGAGAGGGUGGUGUCUGAAGAGGGGAGACACGGAGGAGGACGCAGGCACAGGGACAGGAGUCACGGGGCCUCACAGCGCUCCCUGACCAGAUACACUGACGCUGACACGGGUCUGGGCACAGACCUCAGCACGACCACGCAGUCGGGCGACCUUCCUCCCAAGGAGCGUGAGCGGGACCGCGGCCGGACCAAGGACCGUCGUCACCAUCAUCACCACCAUCACCAUCACAGCUCCAUGGACAAGGAGCGCUACGGCCCUGACAGACACGAUUACUCCCACAGGCACCCCCACAACCGCCAAUGGUCCCGCUCACCCAGCGAUGGGCCUGACGGACGUGGACACAGACAGGGCAGUAGUUCGGUGAGCGGCAGCCCGGUCCCCUCCACCUCGGGGACCAGCACUCCGCGGAGAGGCCGUCGCCAGCUACCCCAGACCCCUGCUGUACCCCGACCACAUGUCACCUACUCCCCCACUGUCCGCAAGCCCAGCUACGGCCCCCCAGGGCCGGGCCGUCUGCGCUCGCCCUCCCCCAGACACUUCUCCCCACCAGACCACGACAGAGGCUACCACCACCGACCCCCUUCACGCCAGGUUUCUCCCCACCACGGGGCCUCCCCGCCACGGCACGGUUCACCGCGCUCCCCUAGGCACCAGUCCCCGCGCUCGCCCCUCCACGGCUCACCCAGGUCCCCUCACCGAGGCCGCUGGAGCGGGCCUCCGCCUGGGGACAGCCUGGAGGGCGACGGACCCUUCUACGAGCGCGACUACGAGUACGAGCGGCACCAUGAGCCCCCUGCCUACGAGCAAAGCCUCUCCCAUGGCAACCCACACCCACAUGGGGGAAAUCCUCACCCACGCUCACCUAGGACUGCCCGCCACGGGCCCCCUCCGCCCCCUCACCCACAUCCACGUAGGGUUCCCAAUGGCUACCGCUCAUCCUCACCUUCCCCACAUCGGCGGGGGCCCCCUGGGGCACCCCCCCAUCCACACCACCGCCCCCCCCAUGCCCGAGGGCCCCGCAAGGGCCUGCAUGAACCUUAUAGUGAGACGGACGAGGAUGACUGGUGCUAGCAACCACAGGAAGCGAGGGAUAAGGGCAGGAGAGGAGAAGAAUAGCAGCCUCCGGUGCUCUGGCCUUGGAUAUGUAGACUUUUUAAUAAAGCAGAGUUGGUGAAAAUGUUGAGGGGGGGUUGGACGCCCUCCAAACCCUCUACCUUUACCCCUCAGACUCUAAAUGAGAGGAAGGGGAGGGGGGUGGAGGUGCUGCAAAUAGCCUUUUACAGAUUUUGUGUGAGACUGAAAUCAGUGACAGAGCAGCACAUGGAUAAAAUGAAAAAGAGACAGCCAAGACACCAAGGGGAAGGGCCAGGCACAGUUUACCUCUGCCUCGCUCCGUCUCAGAACUACACUUCCCAGAAUUCUGUGCUUGACCAGCAAGGCCGGGCUGCAGGAGGAAAGAGCGAGGUGUGAGAACAAAAAAGCGAGGGAGGAGCAUGUAAAAUGGCCAUGGAUGAUCGCAGUUUUCGAGGCCUAAAAGCACUUCUCCCAGUCAUGUGAUUGUUUUGGUUUCGUCAGAUGUGUGCUAUCUGUCGCUGGCCAGUCUGCUAAUGUAAAAGCCUGAAAAUUAGCUGGAACACAGAGUCCACUGCUUGGACUCUACUCCUCAAACAGAUGUGUUUCAAGAAAAAUGAAUUAACAAAAAGCCAGGACCCCCUAACCCUUACAUGCCAAGCUAUGCCUCCAGAAAAUCAAACUUGAACAAUGAAGAACAAAAUGAAACUUUACAUGACAAACAAUGAAAAGAAAAAAAGGGAGAACAACCACUUUAUCUUUAACCUUUUUCCUUUCCAAGGGACAGAACCAGGAAGCUCCGCCUAUACUGCAAAAACCAGCCAAUCACAGCGCUGGCUGAUAUUUGAUGAGUUUUAUCAUCUCUGUUUACUGUUAAAGACUCACCUAAUGCUGACGGAACUGGUGUGACAUCACUUCCUGUCCGGUGGUGGUGGUAGUUGAGGGGGGCGGGGCACAUGUGGGCUCACUUCCUGUUCAAGUGGGCUAUGGGGGGGGAGGGGGGAGGGGGAGGUCUCAGAUAACUUGAGAAGGGAGUCGGACACUUCAUCAAGCCCCUUCCUCCUUGGUUACUCGACCCGGUGCAAGGCGAGGGAUGACCUGACAGGAAAUGACAGCACGCGGUUGAAUGGGGCGGAGGAGAGGAAAGGAGGGAUGGGGAAAAAGACUAAUUUCUUCAGUAUUUCUUCUAUCGAUUACUUCUCCUUCUUGUUCUUCUUCGGACAUUGGAGCUUGGUUCUUCUGUUGCAUUCGCUCAGCCUCCUUUGAUCUUUUUCGGAGUUUGAUGGAAACCUGCAUGAUUGAUUAAAUACAUACUAGAGAGGAAAUCUAACUGGUGUGGGUGGGACCUGGGGGCUUUAUAGGAAACUUUGCAUUUAGGUUUACAAAAGAAGUUCUCUUCUAUCAGACUCUCUCCCUCUCUGACAUCUCGAAUGGAAUUUCCGUUUAGUUUUUACCCAAAACAGAUUUUGACGGUCGGCUAUUUAGUUUUUCUCCGUUUUCUGCCGAUGCCGUUCAAAAGCUACGUUUCCACAACCUGUUUGAAGACAGGAAACACUGCAGGAUCACAUUUAAGUUUCCUGUUGUGCUUGUAAAAACAAGAGGGAGAAAGAGUGGAGAGAAGCGGACUUCUACCACACUUGAUUUAUUAUUGUUAAUGAUGAUAGUCUUAUGAAUAACGAUAUCAAUGUCAAUGCAAAAUGACGACGACAAUGAUGAUGAUACUGAUGAUUGAAUGAUUGAUUGAUCGAUGGAACUGUUGCUGUAGAUUUGUUGUCAUGUUAUUUGGAGUUUAAGUAUGCUAUGUCCAUCUUGUUUACAUCCGUUAUGUUUGAAUCCCCCCGUUCAAUGACGUUUACCGGGUUCCUGAUGCCUUCCUGCAACGUUUCGGGGCAACGAUGGCUUGGGAACAUUCACUUAGCAGCGUUGCGUGUUGUAACGCAACUCUUAAGAUAAUCCCUCACUUCAGAAUGGAGGUAGAGGUCAGGGGAGCUUCAGUACCUGACUUGCAAUGAUUUAUUGGGUCAGUACUCUUGAUAAGCCAACCCAAAGAUCAAGAAUUCAUGUUCGGAGAGAGGGGUAGACCAAAUCAUUGAGAAUGUGGACGAGUUUGUCUGCAUUUUACACUGCAGAGUUUAACUGAAGUUAAAGUUCUACCGAGGUUGAAUUCUUCCACUUUCAGCCUACGAAUCUCAAUCUUUUCCCUCUAUCUGGCUCCGAAGUUUUGUAGUGCGAUAGGUUGCUGGCAGUGACAGCACAGUAUUGUUGGUACAGUGUUGGUGUCAGUAUUAAGUGGUGUUGUUCUCUUUUUUGCCACCAGGGGGCAGUUAUAAGCGCACAUUAUCCGCCCUGCCUUCCCUCUCUACAGGACAGCCUCCGGGCCACAUCCUGUUUUCUAGACCUGGAGUGAAACCUCCACUUCUACCUGUCUCUUAUAUUAUAUAUAUAGAUGAAGUCCAGUCCUAGUCAGGGAACACGGAUGUAGCCUGAGAGACGCCAUAUCUGUCCGUUUGUUCGGCCCGUCCUUCUGUCUGCCUGUCUGUGCCAAUGCUGACCCUCCCCCUCCAAACCCUUCUCUCAGGUCUGGAUAACCAGAGAACAGUCACCAAAAUCAACAAUCCAAUCAAAUGAGGUUGUAGCAAAGUUGAAACCUCCUCUGCCAAAAGCCACUUCAGUAUCCAAUCAACCUCUCUUUCCUCAUCUAUCUUUUUCUGUCCAUUUGCUUUGACGUCUGUUCUUUCAGCUUGCCAGAGAGCAACACAAAAAGCAUUAUAGGACAGAAACACUUAGUGUAGUAUUUGCAUCCUUAUUGUUAUGAGGGACAACAAUUAUUGAAUAUUCAAUAACUCUAGGACAAGAUGAUAAAGUAUAGAUAAAUAUAGAUGAUAAACUACAUAUAAAUCUAGAUAUAAUAUAGUAGAUGUAGUUAUAGAUAACAGACAGAGUAUAGAGUUUCAGAGAUUUAUUUAUUUUGCAUACCGUUCAUGCUCAUGACACGGUUAACGAUCUAGCUACUCUUGAAACCUUUUACUGUUUUCUUCGCAGUCGCAUAAGCCAGAAAACAAACCCCAGUCCACGUGUUUUGACUCUAUGCAGACCUCAUAAGCAUCCUAUCCCAUCCAUCCGUAUUAUUUCGGAGAAGAAUCUGCAACGCUGUGGUACUGUAAAAUAGAUUAUUGAAACAGGAGCACAUGGAUCUGAGAAAUUGUGAAGAUGGACCCCUUUCUUUCAUGUACCUUUGUCGCUGUCCCUCUUCCACAUGAUCCCUUUUCCCUCCCCAUCUUUCUCUCCUCUCCCGAAAUGUGUUGCCUCCAGGCCUAGUAGUUGAGCAUAGCGUAGUGAAGAUGGGGAUAGGGGGGUUUUGCUUUUGUUGUUGAUUUGUUUGGUGGGAGUCAAAGGGCGCAAACCCGAAACCCCUCUGCCCACACCUCCCAUCGAGUGAGGUUACGGCAGGUGGGGACGCUUCCCCAAAACCCCCUGCAGAGCCACAGUGCCUUCUGUAUCAGAGUCACAUUCAUCACUCCCCAUUCGCCUCGCCCUUAGCCGCUCCCGUCCGCCUCCCCUGUCCAUUACCCUCUGUAGUAGUUGAGAUCAACCACACUACGCCUUAAAAUUUGAGUCCCACCGGCUCCCAUGCUAGCAUAGAAACAGGGAGAGCGGUGAUUUUGAGACUGGGCCACGGUGAGCAAAUAGCCAAGAUGCUAGACUUGACGUAGGGAAAUCAAUAUCACAUCCGGUAUGGGCUUGGUCACUUAAAAAUCACAUUCAAACAUACACAGAUUUUUGUAGUUGCCAGAAAUCAAAAUUGAUUCACACAGUUUGAAUCAAAACCUCAUGGUUUUGACUUUCAAAGACUCCGAUUGUCGUUGUAGAUGUACCGGAUGCUGAUAGCAAGCUAGCUCGCUUGGCUUCACCUCGCUGUUAGGCGUGGCAUUUUGUGUCCAUCCCAGGAAUGUCAAGGGUCCAGUUUCAGGCGGUGUAGUGAGAGGUUUACAGAGGUGCAAAGCGGUUUGCUUACUUCUCAGGUCCCUCUAGAGUUAGGUAGCUAGAUAGUUAGACAACGUAGUGAAGAGUCAGCUACAAAACAACCAGGCCUCAGAUUGAGUUAUUGUAUGGUUUUACCUGGCAUGGCUUCAGACGUUGUAAUGUAGACCCCCCCUGCCCCCCCUCCUCUCCUUUCACUAACCUACAUUACACAUUCUGACCCCUCACGUCCCCAUCAGCAGCCUGCCGACGCACCAACACUAACAUGCCGCCAAGCGUGUUAACAGACAGGCAGGAAAAAAAACACCUCCAUUUUGGCUCCAUGACACCACCCGCUUGUCCAGAAUUGUAACAGCAGAUCCAAAAUGGCCGACACACAACACUGCCCCUGUGUGAAAGCAUGUUGUGUGUGCUUUUCCAAGAACAAAUCCCAUUCUUUGGGGAAAAAAAAGGGAACAUCUGAUCUUUUUUUCUUUAUUUGUUUUUGUUGUCUGGUUUUUUUUUAACGGGGUUUGGGGGGAUUGCAAGGUUUUUGCUAAGUCAUUGCUUCUCCAUACAUUUGCUAUCAGUGUCUUCACCCCCGGCUUCUGUCACCCAUCGGUCUUAAACUCCGACUAAUAAUUUUUUUCUUUUCUUCUUCGUUAUGGGACGAAGGAAAAACUAAGAAAACGCACCAAACCAUCCACUCAGCCGGCUGUGAAAUUGUGUCAGUGGGUCAGUCGUGAGGCAACGCGUCGACAAAAACACGAAUAAGGGCUCUCUUUAAAAAAA